CUAAACCUUCUUCGGUGGCCUUCAGAGUGGAACAGAAUAAACAUCAGAAGGCAAAGUCCAGGGCGCCAUUAAGUAAUGAGUCUAGUUUGAAGGAAUUGUCGGGAACAGCAAAUUUGUUGACCACAAGUGGCUCAGAGCAGACCCAGAAAACAGUGCCCCCUCCUGGAGAAGCAAGUACCUCCGGACAGCACCCUAGAUCGAAAUUGGACCUCAGGAGAAAGGAGAUCGAAGUGAAGAUGUAUAGCCUACGAGAGAGGAAAUGUCGUGUCUACCAAGAGAUCAGCGAGCCCCAGGACGAUGACUACCUCUAUUGUGAGAAGUGUCAGAACUUCUUCAUUGACAGCUGUGCUGUGCAUGGGCCUCCUACGUUUGUAAAAGACAGUGCCGUGGACAAGGGGCACGCCAACCGCUCAGCCCUCACUCUGCCCCCUGGGUUGAGAAUCGGACCAUCAGGCAUCCCUGAGGCUGGGCUUGGAGUGUGGAAUGAGGAAUACGAUCUGCCGGUGGGCCUGCACUUUGGCCCUUAUGAGGGUCAGAUCACAGAAGAUGAAGCCAUAGCCAACAGCGGCUACUCCUGGCUGAUCACCAAAGGGAGAAACUGCUAUGAGUAUGUGGAUGGAAAGGAUACAUCUCAGGCCAACUGGAUGAGGUAUGUGAACUGCGCCCGGGAUGACGAAGAGCAGAACCUGGUGGCCUUUCAAUAUCACAGGCAGAUUUUCUACCGAACCUGCCGGGUCGUGAGGAAGGGCUGUGAGCUGCUGGUCUGGUAUGGAGAAGAGUAUGGCCAAGACUGGGCAUCAAGUGGGGCAGCAAGUGGAAGACAGAGCUUGUGGCCGGGAGAGAACCAAAGCCAGAGAUCCACCCAUGUCCCUCAUGCUCUGUGGCCUUCUCCAGUCAGACAUUCCUCAGCCAGCAUGUGAAACGCAAUCACCCCUCUGAGAUUCUGCCAGGAGCACCUGCAGGAAACCGCCUCCAGUCAGAGGAACCCGGCCCAGAGCGUCAGAAUCAACAGCAGCAGCAACAAACUGGUCCACAUGACUGGAAUGACAAAGCUGAAGGUCAAGAGGUCAAAGGAAGGUCCAAACCUUUGCUUAAAAGGAUCAGGCAGAGGGGAACUUCAAGGGCCUCUUUCAGGCCUCCAACGGACAGAUGGGGAGCUCCAGUGA